AUGGCAACCCUUCCCUCCAUCCUCUCCCUCUAUCCCUCUCUUUCUCUCCACCGCCUCCGUCCCUCUCUCUCCCUCUCUUUCUCUCCUCUCCGUUUCUCCACGAAACCUCGUUCCCGCUUUCUCGUUCUCGCUUCUUCAUCACAUGACGACUUCACCUCCAAGAAAUCGGCUCUUUCUGAAUUGAUCCACGAAAUUGAACCGCUUGAUGUGAGUUGUAUUCAGAAAGAUGUGCCGCCGACUACUGCUGAUGCUAUGAAAAGAACUAUUUCUGGUAUGCUGGGAUUGCUUCCGUCUGAUCAGUUUAAUGUAGUUGUUGAGGCUUUGUGGGAACCUCUUUCCAAGUUGUUGAUUUCUUCUAUGAUGACUGGGUAUACACUGCGUAAUGCUGAAUAUAGGCUCUGUCUGGAGAAAACUCUAGACACAUGCGAAAGAGAUCUCGAGAAGCCAAAGGCAGAAAGUACGAAGUUUGACUUACAAGACUUCCUACGUGACAGUGUAAAUAUUGACUUUGGCAGAAAGAAUAGUUUGUCUUCCAAGGUUGAAAAGUCUCACGAGGAUGUCGAUAUUGAAGACCUUGGCAAAUUAUCUGCCGAAGCUCAAGAAUUUAUUUCCAGUCUGCAGUCUCGCUUGUCUUCCAUGAAAAAGGAGCUACGAGAAGUGAAGAGGAAAAGUGCCGCUCUUCAAAUGCAACAGUUUGUUGGAGAAGAAAAGAAUGAUUUACUGGACUACUUGAGAUCGCUUCAACCUGAACAGGUAGCGCAGCUGUCAGAAUUUACAUCCCCUGAGCUUAGGGAUAUCAUUCUAUCUGUUGUCCAUGGUCUUCUGGCUACCCUUUCUCCUAAAAUGCAUUCAAAACCUUCAACUACGUCAGAGAAUGCAACAGUUGGAACAGCAAAUGAUGGGAGUGAGGAUUGUGCCGAGGUUGUUGAGAAUUCUUCACUUCAAUUUCAGCCAUUUAUUACAUUAACUCGGGACUAUCUUGCCCGCCUGCUCUUUUGGUGCAUGCUGUUGGGACACUAUCUUAGAGGUCUCGAGUACCGAAUGGACUUGACAGAACUGCUAUCCUUGACAAAUGAUGCUGAGAAUGACGUUUCUGGGAACGAACAAAUUGUUUGA